AUGGCUCAGUGGAUACGUGAGCAAAUUGUCAAUAUGGAAUCCAGAUAUAAUGACCUAGGGUAUAUCGGUGGUGGUUCCUACGGAACGGUAGUUUCCGCGUACGACAAUCAAACCAAUGAGAGGGUGGCCAUCAAGAGGAUUGUAUUAGACUAUCGACAGUUAAUUUAUAAGUACACACUUCGCGAGAUUAAAAUACAGUCCCGUUUUAAACACGAGAAUAUCAUUGAUAUCCGGGACAUAAUCAUCAAACCCGGUGUCAAUGACAGGAUGUGCGUGUAUAUUGUCCAGACCCUUAUGGAUACCGACUUACAUAAACUACUAGAGCAUACUAGGCUGCCCAAAGUGCACGUAUGCUAUUUCCUAUAUCAAAUAUUGCGUGGAUUAAAGUACGUACACUCGGCUAACGUACUGCACCGGGACCUCAAGCCCAGCAAUAUAUUAGUGAACAAUACGUGUGAUUUGAAAAUCUGUGACUUCGGGAUGGCCCGGGUGUCGGACCCCCACUACGAACAGACCCGUAGCCUAACUGAAUACGUGACCACUCGAUGGUAUAGAGCGCCGGAGAUUAUGCUCAACAGUAAGGCCUACACCAAAGCCAUUGACAUUUGGGCGUUCGGCUGUAUAUUAGCCGAGAUGCUCGACAAUCGGCCCCUAUUUCCAGCCGUAAAUUAUCUGGAUCAUUUGAAUCGCAUACUGGACGUACUGGGCUCGCCAUCAGCCGAUAACUUGAACUUCAUAAUCAACCCGAGAAGUCGAGCGUACAUACAAUCCCUACCGUUCCGGGUUAAGGUGCCCUGGGCACAAAAGUAUCCUGAUGCUGAUCCCGAUGCCUUGGAUCUAUUGGACCGGAUGUUGACAUUUAAUCCCUUGCAUAGGAUUACGGUGGACGAGGCACUGGCCCACCCAUACCUCCGUGAGUACUACGAUAUCAGGGAUGAGCCGGUAGUCGACCAGCCCUUCACGUUUGAGAUGGAGUCGGACGACCUGUCAAAGGAGGUGCUCAGGGAACUGGUGGUCGAGGAGACGUUUAGGUUUCAUACCAGGGUUGUCACGUGUUAA